CAUUAUGUAGUAAUGGGCAUCUGUGUGAAACCUCAAACUGAUCCUGGGUUGGUACUUUUGGUCACUGUCGAAUGCCGAUCAUCACCACGACUUCGUUGAACUGCAGCCAACUGCUGUCUUGCCUCCACUGCGACAACGUCAUUAUUAUUGGAGGGUGGCGGGUACAUUUGAAAUGUAACGGAACCAGUGUGGAGGGCAAGGGCUUAGCGCACAGAGCGGAAAAUACUGAUUGAUAUAACGACAUUUUUAAUCCAAGGAGGGCAGCCGAUGGUUUUGUAGAGGACAUGGAGGUCACCGUGGUCAACUUACACAAGCUGUUUGAUAGUCUGCAGGCUCACAUCGAGGUGUUGAAUGAAGGCAUAGAGCCUCAGUUCAUCCAGACGGCGGUGAAUUUCGAGGCCUGCCGGCAGAGGUGGCUGCGGGUUGAGCAGGAGUUGGGCUCUUGUAAGGAGGUCCUGGCCAAGUCGGAGACUGAGAGGGGGGCUCUGGAGGUGAAGCUCAAGCAUGCGCGUAAUCAGGUGGACGUGGAGAUACGCCGACGACAGAGGGCUGAGGCCCAUUAUGAAAAGAUGGACCAUCAGAUGCAGUUGAUCAGGGAGCUGCUGGUUUCAGAGUGUGCCAGCAGCAGCAUCCAGCUGAACGAAGAGCAGCGCUCGGCCCUGGCUUUCCUCCACAGCCGCACGCAGGCGGCCAACCCUAACCCCGACCCCAACUCCAGCAGACGGCUGUCCACUAUUGAUGAGUCUGCGUCCAUUCUUUCAGACAUCAGCUUUGACAAGACUGAUGACUCCUUGGAUUGGGACUCCUCCGUCCUGAGGACCGUGAAGCUGAAAAAGCGGCAGAAGAGACGCUCUUCCCGAAACCAUACAGAUGGCCCUGCCUGCGCCGUGAAGAAAGCCCGCUCGUCACUCCGAACCUCGGAGAAGGAGGAUGAGUCCAUUGUGGCCAGAACUACGGUCCUGGUCCCUGGGAACGGAGACCCUCUGGAGGCCGUGUCCACCAUUGAGGCUGUGCCAUAUUGGACACGCAGCAGAUCAAGAUCUGCCCGGGAAAGCAGAGGCACGGACUGUGUUCAGUACCGAGUUGAGCUGGAGCCCCCCAGCAGACCUGAGAGGAAGCCGCUGGCAGACCCCUGCAGCUCUCGAGGCAAUGACGGGGCCCGGCAGCACGACUUCAUCUCCAAAACGGUAAUCAAACCUGAGUCCUGCCAGCCCUGCGGGAAGAGAAUCAAGUUUGGCAAGCUGUCUAUGAAGUGCCGUGAUUGCCGAGUGGUGGCACACCCUGAAUGCCGCAACCGCUGUGCUCUGCCCUGUGUCCCCUGCCUGAACGGCACCCCCGUCAGGUUUGGAGAGGGCACCUUGGAGGACUACGUCCCUGCUAGCCGUCCCAAGAUACCCUCCUUAGUGAUACACUGCGUCAAUGAAAUUGAGCAGAGAGGCUUACAUGAGACGGGGCUGUACCGCGUCUGCGGCGUGGACCGCACCGUGAAGGAGCUGAAGGAGAAGUUCCUCCACUCCAAGGCCCCUCCUCCGCUCAGCAAGGUGGAGGACGUGCACGUCAUCUGCAGCCUCCUGAAGGACUUCAUCAGGAACCUCAAAGAGCCGCUGCUGACAUUCCGGCUCAACCACACCUUCAUGGAGGUGGCAGAAUUGGAUGAUGACAACAGUAUUGCCAUGAUGUACCAGACCAUCAGUGACCUGCCCCCAGCAAACAGAGACACGCUGGCCUUCCUGGUGCUGCAUCUUCAGAGGGUCUCUCAGUCCCCAGACACCAGGAUGGAUGCCGCGAACUUGGCCAGAGUGUUCGGCCCCACUGUCGUCGGUCACGCGGUGCCUGAUCCAGGGCCUAUGACCAUUCUGCAGGAUACAAAACGACAGCCUAAGGUUGUGGAGCGCCUUUUGAGUUUACCUGUGGAGUACUGGAGCCAGUUCAUAACAGAGCGAAGCCAAGGCCAUCGGGAUCCCACAGAGACCGACUGCUACGGCACCCCUGAGCAGAAGGUGAGCAUGCUGGGACCCCUGACGACUCCAGAGCACAAAAUGAGCAAAACCCCCUCGUCCAGCUCCCUCUCACAGCGCAUGAAGUCAGCCCUGAGCAGGAACACCCCCAAGUUUGGGAGUAAGUGCAGUUCCACCACAGCCACCUUCGGUCGCCAAGGCAACUUCUUUGCUUCUCCUCUCCUGAGGUAAAGCGUUCAGGGACACUGGCGUUCCUGACGCCUACAGGGAAAAGCAGGCAGCUCUUAUUAUACAAAAACCAGCCAUUAUUUUGUGUAUUUUAUAUUUAUUUUUUUAGGCAUUGAAUAUCUAGAGAUGUUAAGACUUUAUUGGCAUUUAAAUGUAUGUUCAUGUAAAUGUAUUUAAAAUCCCAGGGAGGUGCACCAACCGGUGUUAGCACAUUGCAUGUACAGUGCAGUUGUGUAUGGUGCAGUUGCAUGUACGGUGCCAGUGCAGUUGUGGUUUAUGUAGCAACAUAUUUUUACCAAUAGGGAAUUGAUAGUUCAAAUGUAAAUGUGUCCCAAAUUUGAGCUUAGUUGCUUUGCAUCUGUGUGUCUGAAUUUUCGUAUGUGGCAUUAAUCUUCUGUUCUAUCAGGAAAAUGGCAGCUUUCGACACUGGAAGCUAUUUAUUAAUUUCCAAAAACAUACACACUUUUAGAAAAUCAUUUAUGUCUUCCAGAAGCAAUGAUAGGCCUCACAUUGUCAUUUUACAUUGUUAUGAACUUUUUGUUAUAUAUAUUUUACCAUAUCUUUUACUCAAUUGCUUACUGUGUACUUAAAAACAUAUUUUUGUUAAUGAGAUACCAUCUCAUAGAUGACCGAAUAGUAGUUUAGUUUUAAUGGCUUCCAAAGGUGUAAUUUGGUGGCAAUAAGUUAGAAAACCUUCAUUAACCUUCCAUUAUUUGUAAAUAUUUGUGAAUGUUUCUGAGGAAUGUCUUUGUAAUUGGAGAAACUCUAAGGUACAUGGAGAAUGUUUCAUUUAUUUUGAACUGUUACGACUGUUUCAGACUGUCAUGACUUAUUUGCCAGUAAACACCUUUUCUCCAUUUCUAAUGA